AAUAUUUUUAUAUUUUAUACAAACACCCCCACAAUUUAAAAGAAAAAAGAAAAAAGCCACCAAUCUCUUUCUCUUUUCCUCUUUCUUCCUUGGAGUGAGGGGGAAAUCCGUAGUCAGGUGUGUGCAGGUAUCUAUCAAAAAGAGGUAGUCAAAUUUUCCUCAUUGUUGAGUUCAAACACCCCUGCUUUUUGUUUUAUUUAAGAAAAAACCCUAUAAAAGGACAGUAGAUAGGAAGCUUUUACUUCUCUCAUCUCCCGUCAGUCUCCUCUUUAAAUCCUCCCUCCUCGGCCACCGACAAGAAACUCUCUCCCUCUUAUCCUGCGCACCUCUUCCGUUACUCUCCUCCCCUCGGACACGUUAGCAUCAAGAUGUCUAUUUCUCAUUUCGGGGUCUCUAAAGCUCUUACCAAUGAUGCAAGAGGGGGGAGUCAAGAGAAAAGUUCACUUGUUGUUUGUUUUGGCGAGAUGCUGAUUGAUUUUGUUCCAACUGUUGGUGGAGUAUCACUAGCAGAGGCACCCGCAUUUAAGAAAGCCCCUGGCGGAGCUCCCGCCAACGUUGCUGUCGGCAUUUCAAGACUGGGUGGUACAUCAGCUUUCAUAGGCAAGGUGGGCCAAGAUGAAUUUGGGUAUAUGUUAGCUGACAUUUUGAAAGAAAACAAUGUCGACAACUCUGGUGUGCGUUUUGACCCUGGUGCAAGGACUGCACUGGCAUUUGUUACGCUUAGAGCUGAUGGUGAGCGAGAAUUUAUGUUUUUCCGAAAUCCAAGUGCAGAUAUGCUUCUUCGUGAAUCGGAACUUGAUACUGACCUUAUUAAGAAGGCAAGUAUUUUUCACUAUGGCUCAAUUAGUUUGAUUGAGGAGCCAUGUAGGUCCACACACCUUGCCGCUCUGGACAUAGCUAAAAGGUCGGGUAGUCUUCUGUCCUAUGAUCCUAAUUUGAGAUUGCCACUAUGGCCUUCAGCAGAUGCUGCUCGGCAGGGCAUCAUGAGCAUCUGGGAUCAAGCUGACAUUAUCAAGAUAAGUGAGGAAGAAAUUUCAUUUUUGACUGGAGGAGAUGAUCCCUAUGAUGAUAAUGUGGUAUUUAAGAAGCUUUUCCACCCUAACCUUAAACUCUUGCUUGUAACUGAAGGUCCAGAUGGGUGCAGAUAUUACACCAAGGAAUUUAAUGGUAGAGUCGCUGGUGUUAAAGUUAAACCUGUUGACACUACUGGUGCUGGUGAUGCAUUUGUUAGUGGGAUACUUUGCAUUCUGGCUUCGGACCUAAACUUGCUCCAGGAUGAAAAGAAGUUGAGGGAAGCUCUUCUGUUCGCGAAUGCUUGCGGGGCGCUCACGGUCACAGAGAAAGGUGCUAUUCCUGCACUACCCACGAGAGAUGCGGUUCUCCAAGCCUUACCAAAAGUUGUUGUAUAACUAAUCAUCACACUUUUGUGUGAUUCUCAUGUAUCAAAAGCUGGUUCUAUAGGUGGUUUCCUCCACCAAAGUAAUGAGAUUCCUUGCUUAGCUUGUUUGCUUUUGCUUGUGUGGUUGGUGUCGGUAGACAGAUCUCGUGAGCCCAUCUACAUGAUGGGUUGUGGCUCUGAGCUUUCUUGUUACUUUUAAAGUGUGUAUAGGAUUUUAUAGAAUAAAAUUGAGUGGACAAACGCCCAGGUUAGUGUGGCAGUUGGAGAUGUUUUGCAGAUGGGAGAUAUCGUGAUUGUGAUCGUGUGGCUGCCGUUGGGCACAGACAUCUCACGCUUGAUGAGAAUGAGCUGAUGGUCUUGUGAACAGUGAUUCCAUUUAACAAAACCUCAAUUUAUUGUGA